AUGAAUAAAAAGAACACCAAAAACAGCCGCCGGACAUUCGCCUCUGGAGAGAAGCAACUCGCCCUCUCUUUGUUUCUCAGCCGCCGGACAUUCGCCUCUCCGGAGAAACAACUCGCCCUCUUUGUCUCUCUCGCUUUGCACGUUAUUGUGGAAGAAUUUGGUGAAGAUGUCAACUACCCGCCAUCAUUCAUUAAACCUAGCUAUAUGGUGGUAAGGGCUUUUGAUGGCACUCGAAGGGAAGUAAUAGUCAAUGUGGAGUUACCGAUUUCAAUUGGUCCAACGACGUUCGACAUCACCUUUCAAGCUCAAAAAGGACCCGAACGUGCCAUCUCCUGGUUAAAGAUCGGCCUUAUUCAAUCUUUGCAUGCGAAUCCUUAUCUUCAAAAUCGUGGUAUUCUCUUCCCAACAGCUUAUUCUAUUCCUACUCAAUGUAGUGCACUCGCUCGCCUUCGGGUGAGAGAAGAGUUCUUGCUUCCUCCUUUGCUGCCCUUGCUAAUGCUAAGAAGUGAAGUUCUAUGGUUACUGGCUGCCCUCGCUCACGCGGGAUGUUUCCGAGCUAGAUUGCAAAACCGAAACCCCGGGGGAAGGGGUUUGAUCAAUACUCUGGCAGAUCUGUUAUCUAGCUUGAAGGGCUAUUCUUCGCACAGUGAGGCGCUUUUAAGCGAGAAUGCUAGUGCGCGAGCUCUUCUCAAAAGAAGAAAGGCUCGAUAUAAUUGCAUCUUCGAGGAUAUGAUUGAAAUUCCACUUUUUUCGUUUCAUAUAGCUGCAAAAAGUGGAAUUGAGAAGCUAGUCUACGAACGGCGACCCCUUCUAAUACCACCUUUACGCCUAUGGCGAGAUCGAAGAGAAAGAGGAAGAGCGGAAUCAGCGGCCCCACUAAUGAUUGUUAGGCCGCACUCAUGGGAGCUAGGCCCCAUCUUUAUUGAGGAGAUGAAAGGCGAUUCCAAGAGAAAGCGGGGUUUAAGCGAGGAGGCUCUUUCCACACUUCAAGCCAGAGCUCUGUACAAGACGAUACACGAGUUGGCCAUUGCUAAAGAGGUGAAAGAAUCAUUCCGUUCCUCCUCCCGAGGAAGAACAACAGUCCUAGCCUUCCGUUACCUUAAAAAAGAUGGGGGUGAUGAAGGGCUGACCAUUGCAGUAGAUUCCCGCGUCAGUACCAAAACGGAUGACGGGAAGAUUUGCUUUGCUAAUGCUAAAGAUAUAGUCGUCUCGGCUAUUUGUUAUGCUUCAAGGAAGGACCCUUCAACGGGGGGUUAUGUGACAGUGUUUCACCUGUCCAAGGGACACUUGGUGAAAGCAGGAAUUCAAGAUAUUGUUGAGACGGUGCAUCUCGAGAACGAGUCUACAAAUGAUGAUGAGAAUGAGUCAUGA